AUGACAGUAAACUUAUACAAGAAUGGGACUAUCAUAGUGCAGGGGAACCUCAAACUGUUUGAGAUGGACUUCCUCCUUAUAAAGGAAAGAGCCCAGCAGGAGAGAUCUAGCUCCACUCACAGUUCCCAGGUCCCAGCUCCCAGCUGCCUAACUACUGAGCAGCCCCCUGAAGAGAAGGAGCCCACCAGCCCAGAGCAGGUGAAAUUCACAGAGCUGGAGAGAGAACUUGUACAACUGAGAGAGCUGAUCAGCCAACAGCCAUGCCAGCCCACCACAGCUCAGCCUGAUCCCUGUACCACAUCAGCACAGAGCUGGCGUCUAGCAGCACUGACAGCUCUGACAGAGGAGGUGAAGGAGCUCAGAGGAGAGAGAGAGGAGCACAGGAGAGAACUUACCUCUCUGUCAAAGGAGGUGGAGGAGCUCAGAGGAGAGAGAGAGGAGCACAGGAGAGAACUUACCUCUCUGUCAAAGGAGGUGGAGGAGCUCAGAGGAGAGAGAGAGGAGCACAGGAGAGAACUUACCUCUCUCUCAAAGGAGGUGAAGGAGCUCAGAGGAGAGAGAGAGGAGCACAGGAGAGAACUUACCUCUCUCUCAAAGGAGGUGGAGGAGCUCAGAGGAGAGAGAGAGGAGCACAGCAGAGCACUCACCACUCUGUCAGAACAGCCUCAGGAGAGAGGUGGAGCUACACAGGACCUGGAUGAAAAACUAGACCACAACCAGGACCCUGUGAGCAGCCAGGACCCACCAAUCCAAGAACCUACCCCCACCCCCAGCUUCACAUCCAGCCCACAGACCAGCACCUCCCCUCAUUCCACCAGACCAGCACAACAGAGAGAGAAGACAGACAUUGUCCUCCUCAUCGACUCCAAUGGAAAAUUCCUAAAUGAAAAGAAACUUUUCCCCACCCACAACGUGGCUAAAAUCUGGUGUCCAAACACCCACCAUGCCAUAGACCUGCUGUCAGAGGAGCGGCUUGGAUCUCCGAGUCACAUCAUCAUCCACACUGGCACCAAUGAUCUGCGGAGCCAGCAGGAGAGGGUGUCAGAGUCACUCAAGAGAGUGACAGAGAAAGCCUCCACCACCUUCCCCAACAGCAGAGUGGUCAUAUCCACUCUGCUCCCAAGGAAAGACUUCCACCCUGACACCAUCCACAGGAUCAACAGCAGCCUGUCCAGAGACUGUGCACAGAGACCCAAUGUCCACCUAGCCCACCACCCCACCCUGGACAUCAGCUGUCUCUAUGACCACGUCCAUCUGUUUAAAAGCACAGUCCCCAUCUUCGCCCAAACACUGAAAAGCGUCGCUCUCAACAGAGACCAAUCCACGGCCCGCAGAAAGAGCACAUCAGCCCACAACCCCCACAGAACACCAAGACAUCCUCAACCAACAUCCAGACCAACACAAUGGAGACAAGACCACCCUCAGCCCCACCCACAUCAUGUCCAAAUCAGACCCCACAAAGGCAACCAUGAUCCCCCUCAAGCCAGACCACAGUCACUCCUGUCCCUAGGGCCCCACCCCAACCACAACGACAAGAGCCACACCUUAGCCCACUGA